AUGGAAAAGGAAUCACCCGUUCCCUUGUCAACGUCUGGGAAAACUGCGUGGUCGGUAUCACACCGCGGGAUACCCAGUAUAUCAGGAUCCGGAUCGGAGUAUGAGAUGGGCUUGGAUUCGAGCUCCGGAUCCAGCUCCGAAACUGAAUCGGAUGAUUCUGCGGACGAGCGGGCGGGAUGGAACCGGAACGUUUCUGGCUUCGAUUCCGGCUAUGGCUCCCAAGAGGAGGAUACAGAUGAGAAGGCCCGGUACUACGACGAGUUGCUACAGCGAUUCCGGGCAGAAGAUCCAACAUUAGCCGACCACUCCAGAAAUACAGUGAGAAUGGAGGAGGAGCAGGAGGCAAAGUGGGAAGAGUAG